AUGCCAUCUCGAAGGUCGAAAAACAAUUCCGGCGGUCCUCAAAAGAUCGACUCCCUGCCCAUUCGAUCUCGUCCAUCAGGACACAACGCAACCCAUACCUCACAUUCUCCCCAAGGUACUUCUCUUUCUCCGAUAGACCCAAAACUUCAUGACUAUGCCAAGCUGAUCAACAAGCUACCAGAAUAUCAAUCUCAACAAUAUUCCUCUUCCAACCGAGCUCUUAUCGGGGAUUAUAAUCCUCAAACAAGUCAAGAAACCAACACAGCCACUGAAGGGAACUAUGAUCCAACUUCAUCCGAAGACUUUUCAACGAUACAAGAACAAACCCCUCCAAUCUCAUUAAAAAUGUCUCCUUAUCAAGAUCCUAUCUCAGUUUCAAAAGAUUAUCAAACAUAUCUCGAUCCUACUGAUACAUUAACAUUUCCAUGUGUUUCUUGUGGUAUAUCAAUGUAUCGAGCUGACGAUAUUUCAAUCUGGCCAUACGGUCGAUAUUGUUCAGUUGAAUGUCAAGGUGAAAGUUAUAAUGUCAAAUUUUCAGAAUGGAAUCAAGUGACAAAACUGACAAAACCACAAAUGUUAUCCUUAGAUCCUGAUGAGAAUAAUUGGAUGGAAAGUUGUGAUUGUGGGAUUAUCAUGUACAAAUCUCGGAUCGAAAAAAUUUGGCCUAACCAACCUUUUUGUUCCGAUGUUUGUUCGGACACUUGGGGACAAUAA